UCGUCGAGGUGAUGGCGCCCGUCUUCUCCAGGGAUGCUUGGAGAUGUGUGUGGCACAUGAUCCAGAACGACUUUGUCCAUGCAUGGGGUCUUGACUCCAAUUUCUGGAGAUGCGUCGAUGAUCCCGAAGAGGAGAUCGGUAUCGUAGAUGCGCAGUACUUGGUCCAUCAUGCGGUUCCCACACUCCAAGGCCAGGGUGAGAAAGAAAAGGAAGGAGGCCGUUCGGAGGUAAGAGCGCGUCAAUUUGAGGAGAUGCGCGCCUUCCGCUCCAGAGUCUCCGAUGCAGACAACGAACUCGCCAAUAGAACAUCAUCAAUACAGAACUAGUACGCGUGGUUACUUAGCAGAGUAUACACAAUUAAGUCAAUAAUUAAAAUUUUUGACUUUUUUGAAUAGAGAAGGAUAAGAUGCAUUAGGUGAUAAUACAUUCAUUCUUUAUGUUUCGAAUCAUUAAGUUGUGUGUUGCUUAUUAACACUAGUUCACGUGAUAAUAUAUUAUUUCUUCA